CUCUGGCAGCCAAUCAGCAGCAGGCUGUAUGUAUAUAUAGAUGCAGCAGGAUACAGGAGGGAUGGAAAGGCUAGGGCUCUGGGACACUCCACAGGUUAUUGCAGAGAAGCACUGACCAGCAGCUAUAGAGAUGGAACUAAGCAGCUUCUACAGCCAGGAGCUGGCACCACAGGAGGUCCCAAACAUGGAGCUUGGCUCAGAUUUCAGACAUGAAGAUCCAGGUUUCCUCCGAGAUAUUGGGCUGAGCACGGUACCUGUGACUGCAGGGAAGGGACUGUACCCAAAUACUGCUCAGUGCCCAGCCAGCAACCCCCUGUCAUGCGAUGACUUCACAGAGCAGUCCCUGUAUUACUGGGGGCACUACAGCCCAGAAACAGCGCAAGGUCACCUGGAGGGAUAUCUGCCGUCGUUCCAGUCUUUAUUACCUGCCCUGGCUGAGGAAAUACAGAACCGUUCCUCCCACCAGGAGAUGCCAGAGCCGAUCCCCUAUGACGAGGAAUCCUUGUACCAAACCCACCAGGACCCUUUACCCUUCACCCCAACGUCUGACACAUUCUCCCAGAACUCAUGCACCGGUUCGGUGGGAGAUCAGAGUUUCGCCUGGGCAUCCCAUGAUUGGGCCAGCUGGGACGAUUCUGCCUGGAUGAGUGGUACCCAGUCUUCCGAGACCUGUCCGCAACUAAACCUUAGCAGUCAGCGCCCAGUGGUACACAGAGACCCCUACACAACAGGAGUCGCCUACAACGACACAAGCUUCCAUCAGACGUCCAGCCUUGCAGGGCGCCAAUGUGGAGCCGAAAAAGAUGGCGCCUACUCAACUUACAGUCAGAAGGCAGCAGGGGUCAAGAACAGCAAGCCUCCCACACCAGGCGGGUCUGGCCCAAUACAGCUCUGGCAGUUCCUUCUGGAAUUACUCCAAGAUUCCACCUGUCAAAAGCUAAUUAAUUGGACUGGAAAUGGAUGGGAAUUUAAGCUUUCGGAUCCUAAUGAGGUGGCACGGAUAUGGGGAAGGCGAAAGAACAAGCCCAGGAUGAACUACGAGAAGCUUAGCCGAGGGCUGAGAUAUUACUACCACAAGAACAUUAUCCAUAAAACCGGUGGCCAGCGGUACGUGUACAAAUUUGUGUGCGACAUCCAAGAUCUUCUCAACCGACCGGCACAAGGACUUCAACAGGAACCCAAAAGCCAAAGACCCAAGAAGGUGUAGAUGGACAACCAUGAUCUCACAAUAAACACUCAGAACUGUAGUGGCCUUCAGGACGGGACUGAUUCUGGGGACCCACUGUAUGAAACGGGGUAAAGCCCUAGACCACUGCCAAGCACUAGAAGACAGGUCUUAGCAAAGCACUGAAAAACACUGUAGAUACUGGUCACAGGGGGACGGGGUGGUGGCUUCUCAUGGAUUCAGAAACCAAGUAUGGAGAGCUGGUUGGUGCAAGAGACCUUCUCAGGCCUCUCCUAGCCAACUUCUUCCUGCCUUACUGUGAAUUUACUCAAGCUCUUGUUCAGGUACAUUCCCUUUUAUA